CUUAAAAGAUUUUCCCGGUAGUCCCUAUUUUUUAUCCACAUCCAACAUGAAUUCAAUCAUAAUCGUAGCGAUGAUAGUUUUUCUGAAGCCUAGUAAGGAUAGAUUCUUCGAACUUUAAUGCUACCUAUUUGGUUGUGUCUCCGCGGCAAACGCCAACUUUGCGUGUCCAACAGCGAACAGUAAAACGUCUCUAUUAGGGUGUCGAGAUUGUGGAAUAAUAUCUACAAUCCUCCACCAAAGUCACCGGAUUUAACGGCUCCUGACUCUUUUAUGGGGAUUUUUGAAAAAUAGGGCUUAUGCCAACGAAC